AUGGCUGAGCUCGUGGCAGCAGGCCGUUCAUCCUGCGAAGCGUUCCCUGACGUACCACCACGCAAGCACAAGCACAAACACCAGCACCAGCACGAGCACGAGUCGGAGCAGCCGCAGCAGGAGGCUUCAGCAGAUGCUUCACAGCCGGAGAACGGGGAAGCAGAACGUGAUAUUCAUUCACACGGAGCGGACUCACAGACAGCAGCGGAACAUGCACAACCAAGCACUCAACAUACACCGGGGGGAGGGCUCUCCGCUCCCCCCCAGCAGUCUCUCCGCGCUCUCUCCGCGGCUGUGCCUGCGUGGGUGGCGGAGAGGGCUAGUACGGUUUCCCCCGAGGUGGUGGCGAUCGCGAGUGUGUACUUCGUGCAGGGCGUGCUGGGCUUGGCCCGCCUUGCUGUGACGUUUCUCCUUAAAGACGACUUCGGGCUUGAUCCUGCCGAGGGCGUGCUGGGGCUGGCCCGCCUUGCCGUCACGUUUCUGCUCAAAGACGACUUUGGGCUCGACCCUGCUGAGGGCGUGCUGGGGCUGGCUCGCCUCGCUGUUACUUGCUUGCUCAAAGACGACUUUGGGCUCGACCCUGCUGAGGUGGCGGUGCUAUCAGGUCUCUCCUCCCUCCCGUGGCUCAUCAAACCCAUCUACGGAUUCAUGAGCGACGGCAUCCCUCUCUUUGGCUACCGCCGGCGCUCCUACCUCGUCGCCUGUCUCUCCUCUCUCCCGUGGCUCAUCAAACCCAUCUACGGCUUCAUCAGCGACGGCAUUCCUCUCUUUGGCUACCGCCGGCGCUCCUACCUCGUGGCAUGCGGGCUGCUGGGGUCUGUGGCGUGGGGUGCGCUGGCAUCGGUGGUGGGGGAUAAGUACUCCGCUGUCGCCAUGAUCCUGCUCUCCUCGCUCUCUGCUGCCGUCUCUGACGUGGUGAGUGGUGCUAUGCGGUGCUAUGUGGUGCUAUGUGGUAUGGUACUGUGGUACUGCUACCGGCGUCGCUCCUACCUCGUGGCGUGUGGGCUGCUGCUGGGGUCGCUAACGUGGGGUGCGCUGGCAUCGGUGGUGGGGGAUAAGUACUCCGCUGUCGCCAUGAUCCUGCUCUCCUCGCUCUCUGCUGCAGUGUCGGAUGUGGUGAGUGGUGCUGUGUGGUGUUAUGCGGUGUGGUACUGCUACCCCCGUCGCUCCUACCUGGUGGCGUGUGGGCUGCUGCUGGGGUCGGUGGCGUGGGGAGGUCUGGCAUCAGUGGUGGGGGAUAAGUACUCCGCUGUGGCCAUGAUCCUGCUCUCCUCGCUCUCCGCUGCUGUCUCUCCCCCCUCUAUCCCCAGACUCAAUGGUGGUGCAGAGGGCGAGGGGCGACUCUUCCCCCCCCAACCGCCCCACCCCGCACUGUCCCCGGGUGGUGGACUCAAUGGUGGUGCAGAGGGCGAGGGGCGAGUCCCAGGCCACAUCAGGGCUUUGCCCUUUAUAUGCACCAUUCUCUUUCCCUCCCAUGCUCUUUACACCCCACCCCACCACCCGCGUCCCCAGGUGGUGGACUCAAUGGUGGUGCAGAGGGCGAGGGGCGAGUCCCAGGCUACAUCAGGAGGGUUGCAAUCACUGUGUUGGGGGUCGUCAGCAGUAGGAGCUGUGCUCUCAGCGUAUUUCAGCGGCUCCCUUAUAGAGAACUACGGCACAAGGUUUGUGUUCGGAGUGACAGCCCUACUGCCCCUCAUCACCACUGCUGUCGGAUUCUACAUCCCUGAAGAGAGGGUUACCACAAACACUAGGGUUACCACCGAUAAGGAUAGUACAACCACUGGCACAGCAGCAGGCGGGACGGGGGCAGAGCUAGGAAGAAUAGGAGAAGGCCAAGGAGACAGAGGAGGAGACAUAGGAGGAGACAGAGAUAGGGAAGGAGUAUGGGAAGGAGGAGCAUUGGGAGGAGCAGGAGGAGUGGUGGCAGCAGGGAGCGGAGCAAGGGAGACGUGGGCGUGGGCGUGGGGGCAGGUGGUGUUUCUGUGGGAGACCAUUCGCCAGCCGGCCAUUCUGCUGCCCACCGCCUUCAUCUUCCUCUGGCAGGCCACUCCGCACUCUGAAACCGCCAUGUUCUUCUUUACCACCAACGAGCUGGGCUUUGGUCCUGAGUUCCUGGGCCGCGUGCGCCUCGUGACCGCCCUUGCAUCACUGGCGGGGGUGGGUGUGUUCAACUUCUGCCUCAAAGAGGUGCCUCUCAGAAAGCUGUUCCUCUGGACCAACGUGGCUGGGGCACUCCUGGGCUCAACGCAGCUACUCCUUGUCACCGGUCUGAACCGCUCUCUGGGAAUCAGCGAUCAGUACUUUCUGCUGGGGGACUCCCUCAUACUCACCGUGCUGGGUCAGGUGAGACUGCAAGUGGGACCUGGGGCAGGUGAGACAGCAGGUGGGACCUGGGGCAGCGAUCAGUACUUCCUGCCGGAGGUCUCCCUCAUAUUCACCAUGCUGGGGCAGGUGAGAGCUGGGGCAGGUGAGAGCUGGGGCAGAUCUCCUUCAUGCCAGUGCUGGUGCUGGCUGCUCGAGUUUGCCCGCCCGGGCAUAGAAGCAAUGCUCUUCGCCACACACACGUUGAACAACCCCCCUCCCUCCAUUCCCCCACCCCCGGGACAGAUAUCCUUCAUGCCUGUGCUGGUGCUGGCUGCUCGAGUUUGCCCACCCGGCAUAGAAGCAACGCUCUUCGCUACGCUCAUGUCUGUCAGCAACGGCGCGAGCGUCUUUGGGGGGGUGAUGGGAGCGGGGCUGACCAACUGGCUGGGAGUGACGAGCACCAACUUCACCAACCUGCCCACCCUCAUCGCCAUCUGCAACUUCUCCUCCCUGCUCGUGCUCCCUUUUCUGAACCUACUUCCGGCUACCGUCAGCACAAACUCAGACUCGGAAGAGGAAUAG